GCAGAAACGAUAGACAGUUCUGUGCUACGACAACAUAUGGAAAAAAUUCGGUGCAAUUGUUGACGUUAGCUGAGCCACACUUGCGAUCACGAGAAAGAAUGGCGUGCCUGAAGAUUUAUUUUGUUCUGCUUUUGGCCGUUGCAAUCGGCGUGGCAGUUGCAAAACCAGGAUACUUGGGCGGCUAUGGAUACGGCGGCUACUAUCCAUAUUCUUAUGGUUAUAAAUUCCCAUUCUACGGCUAUGGUCACGGAUACGGACAUGGAUAUGGUCAUGGCUAUGGAGGAUAUGGAUAUCCGCACUACGGCUACGGUCAUUAUGGUCAUUACGGUUACUAUUAAAGCGGACACAAAACAACGGCCUUCUUCUGGAUUCUCUGGAACACAAUCCGAAGAAUGAGCUCAGUUCAAAAGCGAUCUACGUCAUUUUCUUUUUAUGAUAUGUUCUUGUCGUCAAGAUUGAUCUACUGCCCCGAAAAACAUUCCUAUUCAUACAUGUAUCAAAUUGUACAAUAUUCAAUACAUCUGUAACAAAAUUUAAAAAAAAAGACAGAAUCACUCAAAAAAUUUCAGUAUCAUAAAGUAUUCAUAUAUCACGAAUAAUAUCACAAAUAUGAAUAUAUAAAAAAAUAAUAAGCUAUGUAUUAUUGAAAAUUAAAUCUUACUAAUGUUAUCUUUGAUAAACAGUAAUGUUUAAUCACUAAUUAUUAUUGCAACAACUUUAUACUGAUAAAAUAAAUCAGCACAAACAUAGGAAAA